AUGCGUAUCACCGUUAGCGUCAUCCGUCCCGAACAGGCGGACUCGGACAUCAUCAACCUAGAAGUGGGCGGCGACAUGUCAAUCGAGCUCCUCAAAGCGAUUGUCGAAAGCGAAACUGCCAUCCCACCUGAAUCUCAGCAGCUCGUCUACAAUAACCAGCUCCUUCAGAUUCCUUCUCAAACCCUGGACCAAGUCGGCAUCACAGAGGGCGACAUGCUCGGCGUGCACGUCACCCUCCGCACUCCCCAACGCCCAGCUGCUCGCCCCGCUGCCUCCAGCUCCCACGCCCCCAGACAAACUCCCCAAUCUCGCCCCGGCAUGCCAGACCCCGAAACUAUUCGUCUACAUAUUCUAGGUGACCCUCGCGUGCGCGAGGCCGUCCGCAGGCAGAACCCGGAGCUAUCUGAGGCUGCGGAUAACGCUCAGCGGUUCCGCGAGGUUCUGCUUAGGCAGCAACAAAACGAGGCGCAGCAAGAGGCGCAGAAGGAGGCUCGCAUUGCAAUGCUCAAUGCCGAUCCAUUUAACCCCGAUAAUCAAAAGGAGAUUGAGGAGAUCAUUCGCCAGAAUGCUGUGACGGAGAAUCUCCACAAUGCCAUGGAGCAUCAUCCUGAGUCUUUCGGUCGCGUGACAAUGCUCUACAUCCCCGUCGAAGUGAACGGCCAUCGUCUAAAUGCCUUUGUCGAUUCCGGCGCCCAGGUGACCAUCAUGUCGCCCGAGUGUGCAACAGCGUGUAACAUAAUGCGUCUUGUCGACCGUCGCUACGGCGGCAUUGCCAAGGGCGUCGGCACCGCCCCAAUCCUGGGCCGGGUUCACUCCGCCCAGAUCAAGAUCGGUGAAAUGUUCCUGCCCUGCUCCUUCACCGUCAUGGAAGGCAAGCAGAUUGACCUGCUCCUCGGUCUCGACAUGCUCCGUCGUCACCAGGCCUGCAUCGAUCUCCAGCGCGGCGCCCUCGUCAUCCAGGACCAAGCCGUUCCGUUCCUCGGUGAGGGCGAUAUCCCUAAACACUUAACCGAGGAGUUCGAGGCCGAGCCUACAGUGAAGGGCGCCGAUGGUGCCGAAGUCGGGGCCCGCACUGGCGCGGUUACGCAUAAAGCUGAGAAUCCUGUGAAUGCUAAUGCUCAUGCUCAUGCCCCCAAUGCCUCCGGUGCAUCGGGAUCACAGCCGAAGAUCAACAUCCGGCCUGCCCCGGCGUCGCGAUGGCCGCAGGACUCCAUUGCCAAGAUCACAGAGCUGGGAUUCUCGCGGGAGGAAGCACUCCGGGCUCUGGACAUGGCGCAUGGAGACAUCGAAGGCGCAAUCGGGUUUUUGAUUUGA